AUGAUGUUGAUCGCUAGCCAAGUGUCAAUAGUGCAGCAGCUGACACCAUACCUUCCGAACGCUUUGUUGAAAAACAGGUUAGAGCUUGCAGAGUAUCGUCCAUCUCAUCAUACGCGGCAGGAAGGUAUUUCGGUGCAAACGAGGCGAAGACAUCAGCUGAUGGUGGAAACGGAAGGAAGUGGUGGCCCAUUGCCAACGCUACAGGCUAGUAUUGGCGAAGACGAACUCUUUGCCGAUGCUGUUGUUGCGUAUAUGCUAGUGUUUAAGGUGUUUAAGACGUAUCCAAUAGCCGCAAAGCCCCCACGAAGAAAAAGACGCGGUAUAGAUGAACGAUGUGUUUUAGCUUGCUUGGACUAUUCUUUCGAAGUGGUCAAAAUCGACAGACUAUAA